CUACUUACGCCCUGUGCUCAUACCUCACUAGUAACAGCCACGGCCCUGAAGUCACCACAACGAAGACUCUUGAACUUAUUGAUGAGGGUUGUCGGUGUUUUAUAGAAAAAUUACGAUGUACGCUUCCCAAUUAUUACUAAUAACAUUAUUAUACGUGACUCACAGUUGCCAAACGAUGAUAAUUAGAAAUAAUGCGCUGAUGUCCAAAAUGAUGUCGCACAUCAGUUCCCAAAAAGAUAGCAACCAACAAGAACCCCAGCACGACAUACAGAGACCUGAGAGGGUUCUAUCGCUCAUGCAGAAUGUGCUGUGCAGGAAUUUCCCAUUGAUACCUUGCAAAAUGAUCGUGGAAGAUAACGCAUUGCGGAAGCUGAUUGAGAAAUCAAUACAGCAGAUAAAGUAUAAGAAAUUGUCUCUGGAGAAGACAACAUCACGACCCGAUCACCUCUUAACAUUAUUCCCGACGGUAAACAGUGAGGACCUUUCAAAUUUUCUUCAAAAACGCGAGCGCGGGUACUAUGGAACCAAUCAAAAGGACUUUCAAACUCACAAAAAGAAACAAAAGAAAAGUGUACCGCCAACAGUAUUCUGGUUGCACGAAAACCCAGGGAAAACAAACAAGAAAAAUAAAAAGCAAACUAAAAGGGCAUACGAGUACACGGGACGAAAGAAGAUCCGAAAGUUCUAUCCGCACAAGAUAAAAUAUAAAGAUAAAAUAGAGAAGAACGCUAGGAGCCCUGGGGAUUACAGUGAUGAGAAGCUGUCGAUGUCUGUUGAAGUUCCUGAUAUGACGUUAACGAAAAGACACCAACACCUGAGUUACAAGGUGGAGCCUGUAGAGCCAGCGGUCUGGAGGAUAGACUAUACGAAACACGGGGAGCCGAGCGUCAACAUGCUCGGUUAUGAUACUGACCAGCUAAAAGGAAAGAUCAUGAAGACAGGCCCGAAUGUCAUCUUCGAUGGCAGGCCAGCGGCCAGACUAUUUGUGGACUUGUUCAAGAAGAAAGACAACUCAUGGGCAGCAUGGAACAGCACAAUGACAAAUGCAGAUGGUAGAAUACAAUUCCCGUUCACAAAAGAGUCUAUGCCUGAAGGGACGUAUAAGUUGCAUUUCAAAGUUGGUGAUUAUUAUAAAACGACUGGACAGGAAACUUUGUACCCUUUUGUGGAGAUACCAUUCGAAACGAAGGAGGAUGAACACUAUCACAUAGCAUUGCUACUGAGUCCGUACGGAUACACCACAUACAGAGGGAGUUGAAAUAUCAAGAAAUAAACUUUCCUGUAUAAACUUCUUUUCAUAUCUAAUUUUAUUGAAAAUCGAAUAAAAUAUUAAGCUAUUUAUACAAUAUUAAUGUAUACAUAUAACAAUAAUUGCGAAAAUAUCAUCAAAUAUUGGGGGGAACGGUUUGUUAGUAAUGGGGAGGAUAGUCCCCGUCGCUAUCAAUAUACCUUAUCAGGUCGACCUCUACGCGGUUGCCUCUGGAAACCAUCGUGGUUAAUUCUAGUGGAAUUUGUCACGAUGGGCAAACUGACCUGCAUUCAUUCUCACUUGUCAUCUCUCACUGGUGCCCCGCCGGUGUAUACCGAUAGCGCAGGCGGGGUUACCAUUCCAUUAUCACCCAUUAAAAAAAAACUUACCAAUACAAACUGUUGUAAACCAAUCCCAAUUAUAGAAUCUAAUUCCUAA